CUGCAGAGCAGCACUGGACAGAGGGGUGGCUGUGAGUGCCCAGGUGAGGCUGCUCCUCCUGGGGCCCUCUGCUCCCUCUUUCCUGUGGUGACCCUCGUGACGAGGGUCCCACAGCCCGCCCUGGACCUGGCCUGGGCUCUGCUCACCUCCUCUCCCUCCACAGCCCUGGGCGCCGCCUAUGGUACGGCCAAGAGUGGCACAGGCAUCGCCGCCAUGUCCGUCAUGCGGCCAGAGCUGAUCAUGAAGUCCAUCAUCCCCGUGGUCAUGGCAGGCAUCAUCGCCAUCUACGGGCUGGUGGUGGCCGUCCUCAUCGCCAACUCCCUGAAUGAUGGCAUCACUCUCUACAGGAGUUUCCUGCAGCUGGGCGCGGGCCUGAGCGUGGGCCUGAGCGGGCUGGCGGCCGGCUUCGCCAUCGGCAUCGUGGGGGACGCCGGCGUGCGCGGCACCGCCCAGCAGCCCCGGCUCUUCGUGGGCAUGAUCCUGAUCCUCAUCUUCGCCGAGGUGCUGGGCCUCUACGGGCUCAUCGUCGCCCUCAUCCUGUCCACAAAGUAGCCCCUCCCCGAGCCCACCAGCCACAGAAUCCGAUGUAAAGACCACCCUCCUCAUUCCAGAACGAACAGCCCGACACGCACGCACGGGGCCGCGCCCCCAGUAGCUGGUCUUGUAAAUGCGCCGUGUCCCAGUGCCCGUCGUCUGUCCGGCCUUGCCCCCGCCCGCCCGCCCUCCCGUGCGUGCCCCUCCGGGCCCCGCCCGCCGCCCGCCCUCCAGUGCUCUGUGUAUAAGGAUGCUUAGAGUUGUCAUUUUCUCUUCACUGGAUGUUUAUUUAUAAAGAUUGACCUGUUCGUGCGUCUGGAGCACCUGUCUCCAAGCACAUAGCCCCCUCAGUAGUGUCGCGUCGUGGGGUGACGUUCGCUCCCGGACUCCUCGGCCCAGCCACCCUCCGCCGCGGGCGGGCCGGGCCUGCGGCCGGCGCCGAGCUGUGUCCAAUAAAGUUCUCGGAUGUGACCGGC